AUGAUCAGAUUCACUCUUGCCCUAGCUAUACUUGGUGUCACAUUCGCUGCACCAACUGAAACAAACCCAAAUUUGGAAAUUGUUGGUGGCGAUGUCGCCGAAAUCAUCGACUUCCCCUGGCAAAUAUCACUCCAGCAUAGGCAAAGUCAUUUCUGCGGUGGAUUUCUGAUCUCCGAAAAAUGGGUGGUCACAGCUGCACACUGCAUCAUCAAUGGACACAGCGAUACCGAAAAUCUCCAGAUUAAUGUCGGAUCAUCAAAAUGGGCUAGAGGCGGCAAACUCCAUAGUGUGAAGAGAUACAUCACACAUCCCCAAUUCGUUAGUAGCACUGCGGACUACGAUAUCGCUCUACUUGAACUGGCUCCACCGGCUACUCUCAACGAAUCAGUCAAACCUGCCAGACUUCCUGAAGCCGGACAAGUGGUCCCCGAUGAUGCCCAACUCACUGUCACAGGAUGGGGUGCCACAGACAAUGGAUAUUAUAUUGAAUAUGAUCUCCGACAAGUCACCAUACCUACCGUCAACAGAGAUGUAUGCCAAAAAGCUAUAGUAAAUGAUACAAUCACCAACAACAUGUUUUGUGCUGGCUUGCUUGGAGUUGGUGGCAAAGAUUCCUGUCAGGGAGAUUCUGGUGGUCCAGCUGUGAUAAACGGUCAAGUUGUUGGUAUCGUCUCAUGGGGAUAUGAAUGUGCUGAUCCUAGAUAUCCAGGUAUAUAUGCUAAAGUUUCCGCCUUCAGGAACUGGAUAAAUCAAAAUACUGGAAUAUAA